AUGGCCCAGGCGCUGCUCCACCGGAUGAUGGCACAGAGGGAGUCCGAUGUUCCGCGGGUGAGAGCGAAUCGGCGACCACCCCAGCGGACGGCAGCCGAGAUGCGGGUUCAGAGGGCACUGCAACGCUGGAGGGUGCUAGGCGACAAGCUGUUCAACCUGACGGUGUUCAUCGAGGCCUUCGAAGCUUGGCUGCCCGAUUCCUCGCGACGGCUGUUGCUGCCACAAUGUCCUCCGGACCGGUCAGCUUCUACCCCAUCCUCCACUGCGGCGAGCUCAAAGGGUGCCAACGAGAAGCAGUUGGAGUAUGCCAUGAUUAUAAAGUAUGCCCCGAAGAUCUCUACGAGGAAGUCGGCGACUCCGGCGACAGCAGAUCCGGAAGUUUGUCUCCACCCGGCGGUGAGCCUGAAGGGCAGAGGGAAUCAGUACAGCAAGGACGUGUACUGGCCCACAGUGGGAAGGCACUUCUUCAGGUGCCAGAAGAGGAUCUGCGAGUUCUUCAUGUGGGACCUAGUGGAGCAGGCUCAAUUGAGAGCCCAGGCAGCACCUCCGGAGACACAGGAGAUUGCCGACAUGGAGCUGGAGAUGGAGCAGAAGGUGAAUGUGGAGAUCGGCCGACUUCAGAGUCAAGCGGAGAUGUAUGUGCAGGAGGAGAAAGAGAAGCUGGAAGCGAUGUUCGAGGAUCGAUCCAAGAAGAUGAAGGAGGGCUACCAACAGGAGAUAGCCCAGCUCCAGCAGCAGAUGCACCAGCAAGCGGCUUGGAUGCAGUCGUUCAUGGCGCAGGCCAACGGGGGAUUCGAGAUGGCGCAGCUGCAAACGGCCAGGCAGUUGCAGAUGAGGGCAUUUUGCCCAAGUGGUUGUGCCACACCGUGGGCCAUGCCAGUGUCACGUGUGUACUAUGUGAAGAACCAAGUUCAGCCUCAGUGGAAGAAGCAGGUUGGAUGGCUUCCGCGAUGCUUGGGAGAGGACAACAGCUACCUUGCGAUCUUUGAGGACGAGGGUGGCAUGAUUAUGUGGAGCGAAGAGUUUGGAAAAGUCAAGUCCCUCCCGGACGGCAAGCACAAGAUGUUGAAGGCGUCGUCGGAAAAGUUGAUUCAAGCAUGGCAUGCCCAGGAGUUUGGGAAGGUGUGGGAGUUUGUUUCACCAAAGUACGGUCUUGCAGAGAGUGACAACCCUGUCUAUGAGGACCAUGAGGUUGGGCUGUUGUGGCCUAUGUUUCCAGAGAUGUUUUGGGAAAUGGUCCGUGAGCGGUGUCCUGAGGUGAUGUUUCUGAAGCCAGACAAGACUGCUGAAUCUCUGGAGUUAGCCAGCCAGGCUGCUGAAUGGCAGGAUGCUCGGGGCAAACCGUUUGUGUUGCUUAUGUCAGCAGACUGCGUGCAAGAUGUUAGUGACCUCACGAGGGAGACUCGGCUCAAUGGACGCAGGGAACUUCGAGAGUUCAGCGGCGGCGCGGCGGUGAUGAGCAACAGUGGAGAGCUGAUGCCGCGCAUCGAGCCCAGCAUGCUGACCUUCAUUGGGGUCAUAGAUUGCAUUCAGCAGUUGAUGACGGAGAUGCAUAACGAGUCUAGGUGGCAGGUUGUGGUUAAUGGCUUUCCUCAGAAUCAGAAGGCACUCCAGGGGGACGUCAGGUGCUUUCAUCAGAAUCAGGAGGCACUCCAGGGGGACGUCGAUGGCUUUCCUCAGAAUCAGGAGGCACUCCAGGGGGACUGUCACAUUUUGAUGUUUGAUGGUUCAGUGCGCAGAGUGGUCCCUAAAGAAUGUGAUGGUUCAGUGCGCAGAGUGGUCCCUUCCGAUGUGUUCGUUGAAGCAGGGCCAAUUGGUGAUGGCGAGCCACCAGAUCCAGGAGCAUUGGGGCAACAGGCUGAGAACGUUGACCUCAAGCCCACCGAGGAGGAGGCCAGGCUUUUGAAGAAGGUCCACGAGAACCUGGGUCACCCAUCCAAUCGUGACCUUGCGAGGACUUUGCGGAUAGCUCAUGCCAAGCCUCACCUUGUCAGGUAUGCGGCCAAAGAGUUCUCGUGUCCUACGUGUGCCGCUCGCCCACAGCCUAAGGCAGCUAGGCCAGCGGUCCUGCCCAAGUCAUACCAGCCGGGACAAGUCAUUGGGAUUGAUGUGAUCCACCUGCCUGCGCUUAACAGACAGGAGAGCUUCCCGGCGUUGAAUGUGGUGGACUGGGGCAGUGGCUACUCUAUGGUGGAACGCCUCAAGGAGAUGACUGCGGAUCAUGUGUGGAGAACUUUUAUGAGGACGUGGGUGCGAACGUUUGGUGCCCCAGAAGUACUCAUUGCAGACCUCGGCACUGAGUUCAGAGGCGAGUUUGCCGAUCUUGCAUCACAGUGUGGAACCUUGGUUCGCCACAUUGGGGCGAGGUCGCCAUGGCAAAAUGGCAAAACGGAGCGAGCCGGGGCUCACUACAAGAAUGUCUUUGAGAGGGCCCGGGACUCCUGUGUCGUUUCUUCAUGGCAAGAGUUGAAGACGCUUAUGUAUGAAGUGGAGUCAGCCAGAAACAGGUUUGGGAACCGAAGCGGGUUCAGUCCAAUGCAGAGGCAGCUUGGAUGGAGUUUGCGGCUGCCAGGCUCACUCUUGUCGGACGACUACCUCGACCCUCAACUUGUCGUGCAGAGUGCCGGAGAUGAAGUGCGCAGGAUGUUGCAGUUGAGACAAGCAGCCCAGGAAGCCUACAUCAAGUCUCAGUCUGAGGUUGCGUUGUCUAAGGCAAAGAACGCCCGGCACCGAGUACCUCAGAAGUUUCUUCCUGGAGAGACGGUGAAGGAGAGAAAGCUCAAGCAUGCGAUCGCGCCCGAAGCUCGUGCAGGUCGUAAACCAGCGUGGGUUGGGCCAGGCGUGGUUUUGGCAGUGGAUGGACCCAACUUGUGGAUUAGCAUGCGAGGCGAGUUGUGGAAGGCGUCGGCCGAGCAGUGCCGACCAGCUACCUCCGAGGAGCAGCUGGCAAAGGAGGUGGUUGCGGGAGAGCUAGAAGCUCUCCGUGAAGAGUUCGUGCGUGGCCAGUUGAAGCGCCCCUACAAGGACAUCAGUGAUGGUGGACUUCCUGAUGAUGAUGAUGAUGGUGGCGAUGGCGGAGGCGGUCCUGAUCCACUACCACCCUCAAGGCGCCAACCUGUCGAGUUUGAGGAUGCUUCGCAGAAGAUUCCAGUUCCUGAUGGAGGCGAGGAGGAGCUAGACUACAGCCCUUCCGAAGGGGGCUCAGGAGAAGCGAUCAGCAACAUUGAGGAGGAGCCCGAGCGCGAGGUGUCAGCGGCGCCACUUGAUCUACUACCACCGGAGCUGGACAAUGCGACCGCUGAGAGUGUGCAGCGCAAUGAAAGGCUGGACGGGAAUGGUCCCGGAACUCCCUCCUAUGAUGCAGUGCGGAAGCUUAUGAAGCACCAGCCCAGCAAGCCCUACUACCAUGAGGCAAAGCGAACACCGGAGGUGUCCAACGACGUGAUGAUCCGAGGCUCAAGUCUCAAGCACCGCCAUACCUUUAUGUUCUUUGAUGACGGGAGCAUAGAUGUGCGCGUGGACAAUUGGUCCAAGCAGCGCAAGAAGCCUCAUGCUACAAGUCAAAGUUGGGUUGGCUUCACUGUGUUCAGCAACCGGGUGAUUGACACGGACGCCUUUGCGAGCAAGCCAAGAGGCCAAGGUGAAGUGUUCGAUCAUGAGAUCAAGCCCGAGGACCGUCCAGAGUGGGAUGAGUCAGACUUGCAAGAGUGGCAGAAGGUGAAGAGCACAGGUGCUAUCAGGGUGCUUUCCUUAGAUGAGUCAAGGAAGGUUCGGGCUGAGCUGGCAGUGGCCGGAAAACAGGACAGGAUCCUCCCAUCGAGGAUGGUGAGGCGGUUCAAUCCGGCAGAUCAACCGGGCCAGCCGGACGGCAAGAAAUCGCGCUGGUGUAUACGCGGCGAUUGCGAUCCAGAUUUGCUUGAGCUGGAUCGGCACAGUCCGACGAUCAAUACCACGACAUUUGGAGCUGUGUUGCAGAUAACUGCCAGCAUGCAUUUCCCUGCAUGCGUUGGCGAUCUCCGCAACGCUUUCUGCCAGAGUGGGGUCCUACUUCGGAAAGGUGGCAAGCUUUACGCAGCACAGCCUCGCCACGGAAUUCCAGGUCUCCACCCAGAACAAAUCGUGGAAAUAGUCGCGGGAAUGUACGGCUUAGGCGACGCACCUGCCCACUGGCGUCGUACCCUGAAACAGGAAAUCCUCAAAUUAGGAUAUCGCGAAAGCACUUUGGAUCCCACAAUUUAUGUGCUUCACCGAGCGCUUUACAACGGUGAGAAGCAGUGCGAGUGGUUAAAGACAGCGCAAGCUGAGCCUGAGCCAGUGCGUGAGCCCAAGGUGCUGUCUGGAGUGAUCGCAGUAGAGGUAGAUGAUUUGUUUACCUGUGGCGACUCCUUCCAUGACGAGCAGGUCUCCAAGCUUCAGAGGACCUUUAAGUUCGGCAAAUUCGAAAAGCUCAUGGAAAGCAGCACUGGGGUGUCGUUUAACGGGCGACGGAUCAAGCAGAAUGCUGAUUAUGGCCUGGAAAUCGACAUGUUGAAAUUCGUACAGGAGAGAUUGUCUCCUGUGUCACUGGCCAAAGGGAGAAAGUCGGAUCCGAAGGCUUUGGCCAACGACUCAGAAAAGGGUCAGCUCAGAGCGGUUAUCGGGUCGCUAAAAUGGUGUGCUCGAGGAUGUCGACCGGAUGCAGCAGCUGCAGCUUCACUGGGUGCAGCGAGCUUUCCAGCACCUACCAUCCAGGAUGUGCUGGAUGUGAAUCGUGCAGUAGAACUGGUGAAGAGCAAGCCCGAGCUCAGCAUCAAGAUUCAGCCGAUUCCCUUGGAUGCUUUAUGUUGGGGCGUGGUGAGUGAUGCGAGCUACGCUAACGCGCACAGUGGAGGCUCUCAAGGAGCCUACGGCAUCAUCGCCUACCACCAGGACCUGCACGAGGGCAAGCGGGUUCCGUGCUCUUUGAUUUCGUGGAAGAGUGGACGAAUUCAGAAGGUUGUGAACUCUACGCUUGCGGCAGAGACGCAGAGUCUUUCAAAGGGCUUAGGCGAGCUUUGUUGGGUUGUCUCCGUGUUCAACGAGUUGGUGGACUACAACUUCGAGCUUGUAAAGUGGGAGGAGACACUCAAGCGGAACCGGGUCGUGACGAUCGGUUCAGAAGAAGCCGACGAGCUUCUUCAGCAAAGUUUGUGCAUUGUGGACGCUAAGGCCCUGUACGACCACCUCAGCCGGGAGAGCAUUGGACCAUCUCAAGACAAGCGCACAAGUCUGGAGAUUCAAGUGGUGAGGCAGAAUAUGAACUCCAUUGGGGCAAAAGUUCGAUGGGUUCCCCAUACCAAGAUGAUCGUGGAUGGCCUCACGAAGAAGGGUGCAUGCAUGGAUGCGAUGUACGAGUUGCUCAACACCGGCACCUACCAGAUCGUGGCAGAAGCUCAGUCGCUGCAAGAUCGCCUAGAUGAGCGUGUACAGCGCGGAUAUAACCGCAGGUGA